AUGGCCAAGAUCUCACGUGGUGCCCCCGGUGGCAAGCUCAAGAUGACCCUGGGUCUCCCAGUCGGUGCCAUCAUGAACUGCGCAGACAACUCCGGCGCACGAAACCUCUACAUCAUCUCCGUCAAGGGUAUCGGUGCGCGACUGAACAGACUGCCGGCUGGUGGUGUUGGUGACAUGGUUAUGGCCACCGUCAAGAAGGGCAAGCCCGAGCUCCGAAAGAAGGUCCACCCCGCCGUCAUCGUCCGCCAGUCCAAGCCCUGGAAGCGUACCGACGGUGUUUUCCUGUACUUUGAGGACAACGCUGGUGUCAUCGUCAACCCCAAGGGUGAGAUGAAGGGCUCUGCCAUCACCGGACCCGUCGGCAAGGAGGCUGCUGAGCUCUGGCCCCGUAUUGCCAGCAACUCUGGUGUCGUUAUGUAA